AUGCAGCCGCUGGACCUUGUGAUGAAUUUGGAGAUGGACUCAAGGCCGGGAGAUGCCCUUCAGGCCAGUCUGGGCAUGGCCCACCCAGGCACUGGCCCCUGCCAGGCAGCUCUGCGAGUCUGGACAUGGAGCUUGGCGGAUGCCCUGGUGGUGUGGCUUGACCUGCGGCGGGUCGUGGCGCGCACGCGCGGAGAGCGCCUCCGGGCUCGCGGGGUAAAGGGGCGGGGCCUCAGGCCGGAACCUUCCCCUUCAGGGACCGACCGGGCCUGCGCGCGCGCGGACCCGGACGCCGCGUUGGAGACGUACCGGAAGCGCUCGGCGCGCCGUGGUCCCCGGGUCUCGCCGCCGCGGGACCGCGCGGCCGCGGACAUGCUCCUGGGGCGCCUGGCGUCGCGGCUGCUCAGGGCCGGCGCCGCGGUAGGCUGCCCCCGGCCCCGGCCCGCCCCGCGCGGCCUGCCCAGCCCGGCCUGCAGGGCCCCUUACGGCGCGCGGCCAGCAGGCUCUUGUGGGGCCGACUCCCUUCCUGGCAAGGGGGUGCGUCUGGCGCUGGAGGAGGUGCUGGUCCCCAGGACGAUGUCCAUCAGCCCCCUGGAGAGCUGCCUGACCGCGCGCUGCCUCCUGCCCAGGCUGGAUGCCGGGUCCCGAGGGUGCCCACUCCCGCCCUACGAGUGCCCACCGAGUCAGAAGGGCAGCGGGGCUGAGCAGGGGGGGCAGGCGGAGCGGGACGCUCCCUCGAUGCAGUGCAGAAACGUGCUGAAGAUCCGCCGGCGCAAGAUGAACCACCACAAGUACCGCAAGCUCGUCAAGAGGACGCGGUUCCUGCGGAGGAAGGUGCGGGAAGGACGCCUUCAGCAGAAGCAGGUGAAGUUCGAGAGAGACCUGAGGCGCAUCUGGCUGAAAGCGGGCCUGAAGGAGGCUCCCUCGGGGUGGCAGGUCCCCAAGAUCUACCUGAAAGGCAAAUGAGCCGGGGCCUCCAUCCCUCCGCUGCCCGGCACAGACAGCCUGCUGUAAUAAAUACCUGGGGGCCAGCUGUCUGCGCCUCCACCCGCUCCUGUGUGUAGCAGGAAUCCCCCUGAGUGGAGCGUAACCGGCUUUUGGUGUUAGGGGCCUUCAGGCCUGGGCCAGAGGUGGGGGAAAGAUCCGCAGCCUUUGUUCUGGGGUUCACUGAUCUCGGCCCCAGGCUCUGCGGACACACAAGCGUCCAUGUCAAGGUACAGAGCCUUGGCCUGCAGUGGGUGGGGUGGGGCCGGGUUGUCCUCUGAGGGGGAGGGUGGCAGGAACACCCCUCAGUGUCCUCAGAGCUGGCCAGUGGCUUCCCACCCACCCCCUGGCAGUUCGGGGGCGGGGGUGCGCAGCUCUUUUCCUGGGCCACCUGUGGGGGCCCUGGUGCUGCUGGUGUUGUCUCGAAACCCCCCCUCGGCCUGCUGAGUUCUGGUCUCCCCUCACAGUUGUUCACUGCGCCUGGCCUGAGCACCCACGAGCCAGCACACCCUGGGGGACCCUGGCACAGCUCCCCGCAGCUUCUCAGGGUGCAGUCCUGUCAAGGCGGCAGCGUGAGGCUGCAAGGGGUGCCUGAGGCAGUGGGUGGCCACGGCGGCCUGAGGUCCUAUCAGGUGCCCUCCUGGGUGGGCAGGGCUCCAGGCUGGGCUUCGGCAACGGGGCUUCUGCCAGGCCUCCCCUCCCGGCAGCUACCCCGCGCGCACUGCCCUCCCUGGCUGAUGGCCUGCCAGGCGGUCUGCAGCCCAGCUCUGGCUCGAGGGGCUGGGCCUUGGGCUGUGGGAGCCAGAGCCCAGCCCAGCCCCCUCCUGGAGGCUGUGUUCUUGGGGCGCCGACUCCCUGGAGGGGUGCUUUUUGUCUGGGGGUUCCCCAGGUGUCCUGCUGUGCCACUCGGCCCCCUGAGGACAGGCUCCCUCUCUGCUGCCUGCCCCGCCUGGGCGCCUUCAGGCCCCAACCGCCACCUCAGAGGCAGCUGGGCUUGUCUAAAGCUUGGUGGCCUCCCCCUGCCUGUGGGGCCUCGCCCUGCACCUCAGGUGCCAGUCAGCGGGCACCCUCAGUACCUAUCCUGGGGUUUUGACUGGGGGCCUGGCCUGCCCACCUGCCUCCAGGCCCCCCUGCUGGGGAGUGCCUCAGGCCAGGGUUCAGUCAGCCUGUUUGACUCCAGAAAAACCUGGAAGUCAGGCCUGUUCCAGGCUGGUCAUUUGACAGCCGUGGGGCCGGGGUUGGCAGCACAUCUGUUGUCCUUCAGCCAGCAGCUUUCAACUUUUUUUUUUUUUUUUUUAAUGACAAUUUAUGCGUCCAAGAGCUGGGGUGCGGGGCUUGAGAACAUUCGCCAGGGACAGCCAGGAGCCAAACAGGCAGACUGAGAUCCAUUGCUGGGGGAGCAGCGGGGAGACAGGAGAGGUCUGUCUGCUGCACCACGUGGGUCAGCACCCCGGCCGGGGAUCGAACUCGUGCUGCACAGUCUGUGGACAGCUUCACAGCGCUUAGGCUAACCCCUGCGCCCCAGGGAGGCCCCUGUUUUUCAGCUUUUUAACUUUUUUUUUUUUUAAUAGAGGCAUGUUUUUUUAUUUAUUUGUUUGUUUGUUUGUUUGUUUGUUUGUUUAUACUUGCACUGGGUACAGUCAGGAGAGUGAGAGAAUUCACCAGAGCCAGAGCGGGGAGCAGAGCAGGCAGAAGGACCGAAGUACAUUGCUGAGGGGAGCAGCGGGCGGCAGGAGAGGUCUGCGCGCCAUGUGGGACCCUCCUCCGGUGGCCUGGGAGCAGUCGGGGAUCGAACCGGCGCUGCAGAGGCCGUGGGCAGCUUCGCAACCCAGCGCUCAACCGCUGCGCCACCGGGGAGGCCCUGUUGUUCAGCUUUUUGACCAAAGCUCAGACACACUGCUUGGUGCGCCCUCCCUUGGGGGUUCGGUGCAGGGCCCUGGCCCCCAUGCCUGGCUGCAGGCUCCUCAGAGGCUCCCACAACUGCUGGCCUGGGGAGAGUCUCUGCCCCAACGAUGCCCACCCCCCCCCGACAUCUGGCGGCUUGGUCCUCUCGCUGGCCCCCUGAUGUCCGAGGUCCAGGGCCUCCUGGCAGACCCACUUCCGAGCCCGCUGCUCUGCGCAGGGGCCACCCUCCAAAAGGUCUGUGGACACCCUCGCUGGGCUGGACAGUGCGGGCUUCAGUCCUUCCAUGGGCCUGGCCAUGUGGCCGCCUGGCACAGCUGGACCCUGGGCUGCAGGCCUUGGCUUGCCUCUGGUGCCGGCUUGUGGCUGAGUUUCCACUCCCGGCAUCUUCCAUGCUUUGCGCUGACCCAGUCCCUUGUCUCCUACCGUUCUGCUCCCCGGUCUCCGGGCGCCACGGGGCUGCAGCCACGCCCUGUGGCCGGCAGGGGCCUUCAUGCUCCACUAGGCGGCUCCCACCGCGUAGCCACGACCCCCAGUUCACCGGGCCUUGCCGUGGUCCCGGCAUUGGCAUGAGGGGCGCAUGGCCUGGAGCCUGGCUGCGGGGCGUGUCAGGACACUGAGCGGGGACGGGGUGGCCCGGGCGAGGUUACCGGCCGGCUGGGUCUGGACUUCAGAUCAACCAGUAGCGUCCAGUGUGCUCAGCGUGGGGCGGCGGCUCUCCCCGGUGACUGCAGGCACCGGCCAGAGGCCUUCACGGCAGGGCUAUUGGCUGGCGCAUCAGGGAGACUCCGGGCCCGCGGGGGACAGGCUGCAGCCACUGUGAUCCCUCUCCCCCGGGUGUCCCACUGCCCUGCGGGGUUGCCGUGCCCGCCUCUAUGGGCUGAGGAGUCCAGGAACGGAGAGGGGCCGGCGCCCCGGGAGGGCCCCUCAGGAAGGGUCACGGCCCCAGAGAGAAGAACGGUGGGGGGAGGCUGGACAGUCAGGCUACCUGGACUGGCCACAGCACAGUGAGCUCGGCUUUCCUGACCGUUGCUCUCCGGUGCGGGUCAGUUCUGGCUGCAGAGGCCCCAGGGCCGGGUGAAGUAGACAAAUGUGAUGGCAGAGCGAUCGUGUUUAUUCGGGGUUUCUUCUAGACCCCAAGGGGCCCCACACCCACGGUCCCUAGGCCAGGGCCCUGAAGGACCCGCCCUCCCCCCUUCCCGUGUCCUGCGUCCCCCAGGCUGUGGCCUCUGACCAGUGGAAUGUGCUGGAAUGCAGCAGCCUGACCUCAGAAGCCUGGCGCUUCCAGCUGAGGAAGGGGGGUGCAGAGGUCGCUGCAGGGCCAGGGCAGGAGGCGGGCCCUGGGCGGCGGGUUGUGGGGGUGCUGCUUGGGCCAUGGAGGGUGGGUCCGAGGGCCCUGCACCCCCAAGGCCCCUGUGGACGCUCACCUUGUGCGAGUCGGGACAGGGUGCUUGGCACGUCUGCCCCACGUGUCUGGCGUGGCCACGGGAUCCCUCCCUUGGCUCGGCUGCGCCGGGGCUCCCGGCCGGCCCUUCUCGUCCCUUCUCUGGGGCCCCGGCUCCGUUGAUAACGGGUCUCGGAACCUAGCUGGGUGCUGGACGUGUGGCCACGGCUCAGCCUCCCAGUGGGCAGCAUCCCCGUGGACGUGCGCCCCAACGUGUCCCCAGCGCCCAGUGUGCCUCCGCACCCCGGGACCGGCCCAGCCCCGCGCUUGCCUUUGUGGGGAGCAGAUGGCCCCUGCACCCACCUGAGCACAGCGCCGUGGGCCACGAGGCACCCCCUUCCUGGCACAGGCAGGAGGGCUGCGGGCCCAGACCCGGCCCCACGCGGGGUCCUUGAGCGGGAAGGUGGGGCCUGGAGCCAGAGGAGGCGGCGUCGCGCGGCUACUUCGCACGCGUCCUGGGAAGGGAGUGGGGAGAGUGAAGGGGAAAAUCCAUCUUCGCGGCUCCGCGCUGAGGGUCUCAGGCUGGCGCAGCUGACAGCCCAACGCCGCUGUCAUCAGGCGUCUUGCUCCCCCGGCAGCUGUCUCCUCAGCCGACGAGCAGAGCUCCGCGCUCGGGCCGCGGCCAAGUCAGUCUCGGCGAGGACACCCCGGGAUGCCUGUGCUCUUGCUUCUUCCCAGCCCCUUGUUUCGGAACUUUGCAGCAGAGGAUGGACGCGGCGCAAGGAGAGUUGUGUGUAAGAGAAACUCUGGGCCUGUAAGCAGGUGCUCAGGCCUUCCGGGGCUCCCCGGGUCUGGGCCCUCAUGCACGAGCAAUACAGCUGCUCCGGCCUCCCCGUUCCUGAGGCGCCGCUUGUUCUUCCUCCGCCUGGGGACAAGGAGAAUUACGUCCCGGCAAGGGGACCCCUGGGGGCAGCCAGCCUGGCGCUCACCUCCGCAGAGCUCACAUGGUCCCUUACUGGGUGCCCAGAAGAGCAAAGUGCACGUGUCGGAGACCCCCGGGGUUGGCGCAGGGCCCCCAUGGUGAGCACCGGACAGCGAAUGGCAGUGCCCCAAGGAUGGCGCACGGCAGCACCCCGGCCCACCCACACGCAGCCCCAGUUAUCACAGGGCCUGCAGCAGAGACUGCAGCGCAUUGUGGGUGCCCCCUCAGCAGUGUGUUUCAGUGGAUCUGCCUGUUCUGCUCCCCACUCUGUCUCCGGGGAGCCCUCUCACCCCCCACAUCUGGCCUGUACCCCAGCUCUUCUGUGCAAAAAUAAUUUUUAAAAAAGAAAAUCCACAAAGAAUUGAAAUCCGCAGGGCCUCCCUGGUGGCGCAGCGGGUUGAGCGCAGCACUGUGACGCCAUCCGCAGCCUCUGCAGCGCGGGUUCGAUUCCCGGCCAGCCAGGGAGCUGCCCACAUGGCGCAGCAGACCCCCCCGUCUCCCCGCUGCUCCCCUCAGCAGUGUGUUUAAGUCAGGCUGCUCCUGUUCUGUUCCCCGCUCUUCUCUGGUGAAUCCUCUCACCCCCUGCACCUCUGGCCUGCACCCCGGUUCUAUAAAUAAAUAAAUCU